UAAAGGAGUACAGACAGGGCAUGUUAGCAGAUUCCGACUUUACUGCGUGAAAAUCCCCUUUCAGGUGGUCAGAAAAAUGAAACCGAGCACCGAGUCUUCACGAAACGAAUUGUCCUGCGAAAUGUGCAAGGAUGACAUGGUACAACAAAGCCAAGAGAAACGAUCGAUCACAGAUGAUACCGACUCCCUGUCAAACUCGUUCAAACAAAUGAAGGUGGCAGACGUAGGCGAAAGAAGCUUACCUUCUCUGGAUGAUGGUUAUUUCAGCCAAUCAAUCAGUUCACAAGAUUUCCUUUUCGACACAAGCCACGUGGAUGACAAUACUAAUAACAGUGUCCAUUGUUAUGGCAAGUGUCGUUCUUCAGAUAGCAGCGAUAUUUGUACCGACUGUGACUGCAGUUCGAAUUCGAACGUUGUGUACGCCAAGGACCUGGAUGGCGACACCCAGCUUCACCUGGGCAUUAUCCAAAAACAAUCCAUGUUAGUUUUGUGGUUUAUAUCGCUGGCUCUUAGCCCAGACUGGCUAAACAUAACCAAUCGUCUUCUCCAGACCCCCUUGCAUAUCGCUACCAUUAUAAAAGAUGCUUUGACAACACGACGUUUAAUGGCGGCAGGCUCCAGCGUUGAAGCGAGAGAUAUGAACGGCAACACGCCACUCCAUAUUGCCUGUCGGGAGGGACACCUCGAUAUUGUACAUCAUCUUCUCACGCCUAUUAUGUUUGAGGAAACUAAAAGUAACAAAUACGAACUACCUUAUCAGAGAAUACCCCAGGAUCUUGAUAUUGCCAACUACGAUGGCUACACAUGUCUUCAUCUCGCUGCCUUUGGAAGCCAUCUUGAUAUCCUUGAACGUCUGUUGCAUCGAGGUGCGAAGGUGAACUGUCGCGAGCGCAAGAGUGGAAGGACAGCGCUUCAUUUUGCUGCAGAAACAAAUAACAUCCCCCUCUUGCAGUUCCUCCUUCGGAGGUCUGACAUUGAUGUGAACGCUGAAACCUACGGUGGACUGACACCACUUAGACUUGCCUCAGGCAGGAAUCACACAGAAACCAUUCAGCUUCUACUUGCCAGAGGAGCGUGCCGUUUCGACGACUCAUCUGAUGAUUCUGAAACUUAAAAUGACGUCUUGCAGCUAAUAACUUAGAACUCAGAGACAGUCAGUAGUGUUUUUUUCACUGUGCAAAACAUGUGCAAAAAGUCGUUUUGUCAUGCACUCGUACUCGGUCAGAUGCCACUGAAAACAGUAGCCGCUUGUGAGUUCGAACCUUGCAGUUUCGGUUCGUCUGCACCAUGAGUAAAGUGCACGAACCAGGUCACGAUAGUUUAAGGGUAUGCUUUCUCACUGACCCCAACGCAGUUGCAUGUGCUCAGUACCUAAACAGAUCCAAAGCACGUUCACAAGUGCUUCUUGACUAUUUACCCCUGUAUAUUAACGUUAAUCUCUAUUUAUACAGCCUAUGACAUUCAAAUAGAACAUUAGCAACAUAUAUUAUUACAUAAUUGGGUGGCUUAUCAAACGAGUUUCGUGCAUGUUUUAUCACUUAUCUAUACAUCAUGAUAUUAAGUAUGCAAAUAUUUUCCCUAUGUUACAGUAUUCCAAACCUAAACAUGAAAUAAUCUUUCAUUGUAUUUUGUCAAAGAAUUAUACCUUCAACAUAUUACCAUCUACAACUACGCAGCAUACACUGGUAGGUUUUUCCGUUAAUUGUGACAAGGAAACAGUUUCAAACCGCUUUGGUUUAAGUUAAUGUUUCCUCAGUCGGGUCUCAUUUACAGUUACAAUUGUGAUCCCAAAUGAACAGCUGUGCUGAAGUCACCGUUUCCUUAAUCCAUAUGAAAUGCACAUCUUUAGCACAUGCUGUAACAGCAAUGGAGGUUUACAUAACGUAGUAGUUAGGUUGGAAUAUAAUUAAUAUAUUAGUAUAUGAUAGUAUAAUUACUAAUUAAUUUUAAUCUUAGACAUCAUUCAGCUUGAAUGUAAUAACGCUGGUCGAAAGCAAGAACAUGCCAUUUCAGCCAGAAACAUUUGAUACAUGAAUAUUUAGUGACAAGUUUGAAUGAUCUAAAUCUCCAUCGAAUGACCAAAACUCACUAGUCGUUUCUAACACGUGUACUUGCUCUUGGCAUCAUCCCAAUUGCGCAGAUCGAUGCUCAUGCUGUUGAUCACUGGAUUGUCUGGUUCAGACUCGAUUAUUUACAGACCGCCGUCAUAUAGCUGGAAUAUUGCUGAGUGCGGUGUAAAACUAAACUCACUCACUAACUCAAUCACUCACUCUUGGCAUCAACAUACAACUGAAAGGAAAUAGCUAUAGUUAUAGAUUGUAUUCAGAAAACUAAAACUUGUUUUUCUUAGCAUCUUCCAGAAUAGCAUUCAUUUCACCACCAGUCGUAAUACAGUUAAAUAUUGGAACUGGCACUUGACCAAAUGUUGCCAUCGUAAAAUCAGAUGUAAUCGAGGCAGCAGUCAUUUCGACUGAAAUGUUUAAGCGGGGGAAGUGAGUAGUCAUCGUUCAAAGUGGCUGGCUUUGGAAACAUAACAUUAAAGACACUGAAACGAUAAUUCUCUUCCGCUCAACGUUUCGAUUGAAGUAACUCACGUGAUUUUACCGUCUAUUUCCGUAUCAAGUUCUGGUUUUGACAGUUUUGUAAUUGCACAGGAAAUAUUUGACACAAUGUCUAGAUUUAUCUGUUUUCAGAUUUAUUUCUCCAAAUGAACCUCAAAUCAUAUUUCUACUACAAUAUUUGUAUAUUUAAUACAUGCUGUUUUAAUUCCAACCUGGAAAGAAUUGUAGCUCAGUACUGUUCGUGCAUAUGUUCCUCCGCUGUUUGAAAGACCCUGCGGCUCCUUUCACGAAGCAACCUUUACAAAGAUUAACCUUAACUCCCAUUCGUUAACAUUACACUAAGGUUACCUCAGUGACUUACGAUUACCUUAGUGCUUUGUGAAAGGAGGCCCAGGUGUUAAUGCCUCUCGGCAUGCUUCAAGAGACUAGAUUUAGUGGAACCAUUCUGAUGAUGAAUCUGCAGAUUAUAAUUGAUUAAAUUUUGAUUGAAGAAUAUUUCUAUUGUAAAUUCAAAUUCUAUUUGAAUGUGUCACCUACAUCAAGGGGUGAAGGGAUAACUUGUUUCUUUCUCCGUUAACGCAACAGCGUCAAAAAAUUACCUUCACUGUGCUCAAUGAAUUGUCCGAAGCCAACGUGUCGUGUAUUAAGAUAGCUAAUUAAUGAACAGGAGGUGCAUUAUUAAUUAAUCUUAGCCACCAGCAACUGCAAACGAGUUUUGGCCUUUGAUAAUAUGUGCAUGAGUUGGUAUGUUAGGAGCUUGUUUAUCUAGUAUAAUAUACAUGUACAUGUACAUUGUGAAGCAUGAAAUAAAGCCUAUCCUUGUA